AGUGGUUUCUAAAUAGUACACAAUAUAAUGUACUAUUUUAACGAAUAACAUCGUGGUUCCUCUAGGCAGCGGUUCGACGCAGGAUUGGAUGGGGAGCCAGCUGUACAGACAGGCAUCGGCGCCGACGUACACUGAUCUGCUGGAGGGGCAGACCCCAGUUGGUUAUGACGUAGGACUCGUAGAUCUUAGCUUCGGUUUGAGGUCUGGGAGUGCCGAGGACGUGACACACACCGUUCUCGUGAACCCAGCUUCUGGCACCAACCACACACCGCCUUCGGUGAGGGUGUCGGGCCUUCCGGAUAACCGCGCCUGGUGUUCUGGUGAGUCGGGUGAUGAAUGUGGACUCUUUUCGCCAAGGCAGGGGGCAGUGGGCACAUCAGGUGUGGCCGCGUCAAGAACGAGGACAGGUGGAUCAACUCCCUGUGGAUCGACGACGCCAUACGGCACAAUCGACGGACGAGGGGACGACGAUGAGUGCUCUGUUGCGGAGAACGUGGGACGAAAGGUUUGGGAUGAUCAUCAGCGACAAUCCCGUCAAGCGAGCACGUCCGGCAUAACGAGAGGGGUGGCGAAGAUUAAUGUGGGGGCGAACGAUAUAUUCGGCGAUUGCGAUGGUGCAGGGGGCGAAGAUUGCACGGCAGACGACGGGGCCAAUGACAACGACGAGGACGACGACAGGGAGAUGGAGAUUCGUCCAGUAGGGAGGAAGUGGGGAGGGUCAAGGGCCACAAACAAGUUUACAAAACCACGUGCUGGGCGGAGAGGCAAGAAGGGUGUGGAAGAUACGUCGGCAGGCGAGGGAGCAAAAAGCAGGGAUUUUAGGACCGUGGAGCACAUGAUUGCUCUGAUCCGAUCUAAAAGUGACCAGGAUUUGCAUCUGGCCGGCCUGGGGCACAACAGCGGAAGGAUGAAGACGAAGACAUGGAAGUGGGAUGACGUCGAGAAGAGGCUCUUGCAGAUGGGGUUCAAAACCAUGCACAAGUUCAUGGGAGAAUCGGGGAAGCCUAAUUUCUUAACACUAACGCCAGGGGAGAGGAAGGAGCGGGGGUUCAACUUUGAGAUGGAUGAGCAUGUGUAUUCGGAGAUGAAGGCCAUGUCCAGGGGCGAUCACACUAUACACCCCAUGAAUCUCGCGGACACGGGUGCGGCUGGAGGUGGUCAAAUGGUCGGCCCACGUGGAGAUCGGAAUGAAUCAAGCGGUAAUGAGGGAUGCGGGGAUGGACUGGACGACGAUCAGGGAUCGACGAGGGAUUCAACGUUCAGCGGCGGUGGUGGUGGCGGGGCCGGCAAACGGAAGAAUGUAAGACAGCAGACCUUCGACACGAUUGCGGACGUCAUGAAGGAGCACGGGAAUCUGAUGGCGACGACGGUGGACAGCGCGAGCAAGAGGCAAUGCGACAUUCUCGAGCGAGAGCUAAAAGUGCAGAAGGAGCACUAUGUGAAGGCCGACCAGGCGAACUUCAUGAUGUGCAACGCCCUUCUGGAGAUUGCUAAAGUGAUCCGCGAGCGAUCCUAACGUCGCUCGGCAACACAUGUCCGACGUCCACGCGAAUGCCAUGUGUGCACUUCCAGAGCAUCGCCGUUGCCGU